UUUUUCGGUGACUCGCUCCAAUCAUACCCCAAAAUCUAGCUAGCUAAGUAAAAGAAUGCAUUGCCUAUUUUGAUCGCAGAAUCAAUUUGGUAUCGAUAGACAACCCAAGGGCACAUAUCUCGUUUUGUUUGUGUCGAUAAACGUCAGAAAAAUACCUUUCUAGGCUGUGCUACCUAAUGUUUUCCAGGUAGUUGGCUUAAUAGCCUCGAUGCACAGCACAGGGUUAGUUAUCAAUACAGUUAUUUAGCUAGCUAACGUUAGCUAUCUUUGCUUGAAGUGUGGACUGCCUAUUGUGUUAGCUAGCCAGCUACCGUUAACAGCUAUCUGAUUUGCUGUGUUUGAAAUAUUUUCAUAUUUCUUUGAGUUGUCUUCAUUCUCAUCGCCGGUGGAUAUGGGACUACUCUUUACCAAGCUGAUGACUGUCUUCGGAGACAGAGAACACAAAGUGAUCAUAGUGGGCCUGGACAAUGCUGGGAAGACUACUAUCCUCUACCAAUUCCUUACCAAAGAGGCGGUUCACACCUCCCCCACCAUUGGCAGUAACGUCGAGGAGAUCUCUGUACGCAAGACCCGCUUCCUGGUGUGGGACAUCGGAGGCCAGGAAAGCCUGAGAGCCAGCUGGAACUCCUACUACUGCAACACAGAGAUUGUGAUUCUAGUUGUGGACAGCACAGACCGCGAGCGCCUAAAUCUGAACAAAGAUGAACUUCACCGCAUGCUUGCACAUGAGGACCUACAGAAUGCUGCGAUUCUAGUUCUGGCCAACAAGCAGGACAUGAAGGACUCUAUGACAGUGGCAGAGAUCUCCCAGUGCCUCACCCUAAGCUCUAUCACAGCCCACUCCUGGCAUGUACAGGCCUGCUGUGCCCUCACAGGGGAGGGACUACCUGCCAGUCUGGACUGGAUGAGGUCUCGUGUCCUGGCCAGUUAGAACUCCUUCCGUGGGUUCAUCUCCUUCCGUGGGCUCAUCCAAUUGGAACCAGGACAGCUAUCCUUUGACCCAACAAACACAACCUCUGACGUCACAGCCAAAGCCACAGUGCCCAGAUCAGGAUCUCCACUAUCUGUAGUGACACUGCCCCUCUGAGCCCCAGGGGUGGCCCCAGUCUUGCCCUGUCACCCUCAUGCCUUACCCAGCCCUUAGUGUGUAUGUCAGGGCUGAUCAGAGUCCAGGUCUGCCUCGGGAUAGAGGAGGCCUGGAGGAACCUGGCAGAACCUCAACUAGAUAUGCCAGGGUGUGCAUAUGCGUAAGCAUCUAUCUGUGGUGUGUGUGAGACUCCGUUCUAGAGGUCCACCAUGUUUACAUAAGAAUCGUUACCUGUCAGACCUGACUCCAUAAGGAUGGCACAGUAUGCCCCACAUAAGCUGAAAAGGUACCUAUCACAGUAUUUAAGCCUCCUGUCCUCAUGAACUCCACAGAGGUAGAAUGGGAGGUUGCAUUGGAUUUCUUUAACAUACAGAUUUGUACCUCUGACUUGAGGAAAACCACAGUACAACAGGUUAAGAGGCCAGACCUAAUGGGGAUCAAGCUGGUGCUCAGCCUUCUGAGCUAUCAAUGCACAAAUUACUUGAAGUAUUUAUAUCAAAGAAAGAAGGGGGUUGCUUGACAGUGAAAAACGGUAGCAUGCUUUCUGUAAAAAGCAAGAUGACAAACAAGUAUUGUCUGAUUUUAAAACAGGUUAAUCAUGUAUUUUUAUACAUAUACAGUGGCUAUGUAUUUUACGGUACAAAAUAUUUUUUGUACAAAUAAAUGUUAUUGUUGUUAAACUGGUGACUGGGCUGCCUUCUCUGUAGUAGGGGAAUUACACAUGGAACAAUUUGGGAACGCCUGAACCAAUGAUUUAUAUACUGAACAAAAAUCUAAGCGCCACAUGCAACAAUUUCAAAGGUUUUACUGAGUUACACUUCAUAGAAGGAAAUCAGUCAAUUGAAAUAAAUGUAUUAGGAUUUUGCAUGACUGGGCAGGGGUGCAGGGAUGGGAGGGCAUAGGCCCACCCACUUGGGAGCCAGGCCCAGUCAAUCAGAAUUAGUUUUUUUUUACAGUAAGAAAUAUUCCUCAGUACCCCUCCCUUCUUGGACGAUCCCACAGGUGAAGAAGCCGGUUGUAGAGGUCCUGGACUGGCGUGGUUACACGUGGUCUGCAGUUGUUAGGCCGGUUGGAUGUACUGCCAUAUUCUCUAAAAUGACGUUGAAGGCGGCUAAUGGUAGAGAAAUGAACAUUCAAUUAUCUGGCAACAGGUCUGUUGGAAAUUCCUGCAGUCAGCAUGUCAAUUGCACACUCCCUCAACUUGAGACGUUUGUGGCAUUGUGUUAUGUAGCAAAACUGCACAUUUUAGAGUGGCCUUUUAGCACAAGGUGCACCUGUGUACUGAUUGAUCUGUUUAAUCAGCUUCUUGACAUGCCACACCUGUCAAGUGGAUGGAUUAUCUUGGAAAAUGAGAAAUGCUCACUAACAGGGAUGUAAACAAAUUUGUGAACUACAUUUGAGAGAAAUAAGCUUUUUGUGCAUAUGGAACAUUCCUGUGAUCUUUUAUUUCAGCUCAUGAAAAAACUGGGACCAACACUUUA